UCUCUCUCCCUCUUUUUUUUUAAAGGAAAUGUUUCCCAUCUCGGAACGGAUAACGGACCUCUAACGAGGACUUGUUUUCUCGGCACAUAUGUGGACCCUAUCCAGGAUGUUACAGUCUAAACGGCCCAGGCAUCAUUGGGCCACGGUACGCUACAGCCACCACAUAACACCACACAGCUGGGCUGCGUCCUGCUGCGUUUAGGAGUUUUCCGAGCUUCAACCUCUUUAGGCGGAGGAAAACAUUUACACAAAAAUAAAAAGAAAGAAAGAAAGAACAAGAAGAAGAAGAAGGAGAAAAAACGCCAACUUGUUUUGGUGAACAUUGACAUUGGCUUUAGGAGUCUCACCUCUGGGCUACUAUGCAAUUACAAUUGAUCUCCUUUGUUCUGAUCAUCUGGAACUGCAUGGAUUACUCUGGUUGUCAGCCGCACAGCAGCUCCAGGCACCGGCAGCACAAAGCGAUGGCCGGUGGCAGCUCGGGGUGCCAGCAGAGUGGCUGUCUGACCUGCUCAGACUACAAUGGCUGUCUGUCCUGCAAGCCUCGUCUCUUCAUGCAUUUGGAGAGGAUCGGGAUGAAACAGAUCGGGGUGUGCAUGACUUCCUGUCCUCCUGGCUUUUACGGCACCCGGUCACCUGAGAGAAACACUUGUACGAAGUGCAGGUCGGAGUGUGACUCGUGCUUUAACAAGAACUUCUGCACGCGCUGCCGAGCGGGGUUCUACCUUCACCUGGGCAAGUGCCUGGACAGCUGCCCUGUAGGCAUGGUCCACAGCGACGCACAGAGGGAGUGCGUUCCCAGAUGCUCUGCGGAGUGUGAAUCGUGUGUGAACAGUGACACGUGCACCCGGUGCCGGCCUGGCCUUUAUCAGCUGAAUGGAAGGUGCCACCAUAUCUGUCCAGACGACUAUGAGCCCAAUGACAAACUAAUGGAGUGCACUCCACAAGUGCACUGCGAGGUGGGCGAGUGGAGUGAGUGGAGCCCCUGCUCUCGGUCGGGCAGAACCUGCGGUUUCAGACGGGGCCAGGAGACCCGCACAAGGCAGGUCCAGCAGUAUCCAUCUCCGUUUGGCAAUCCCUGCCCAGACAUCUCUGAGGUCAAAGAGUGUCUGGUCAAGAAAAAGAGAUGUCAAGGAGCACGGAGGAAGACCGACCGAAAAGAGAGGCGGAAUCGCAACAACCGCAAGGACAAGGAGAGCCAGGAGGGUCGGAGGGAGAGGAAGCGGGAGCGGGAGCGGGAAAGGGAUGCGGGUGAACGGGAAGACUCUGAUAACAGGAACAAAACGGAGAACCGACACCGGAGAGGCCACGACUCACAGACAAUCUCUCCUGAAGACGGCCUCGUGCAAUAAAGCUGGGGACAGACGAUGACCGACCCCCACCUCUGGUUGUCUCCCCUUCCUUCCUGCUCCAUGACAUCCCAACCCCUCAGAGGGGUUGGGAUGUCCCCCUGCCCCCCGCCCCCCGUCUACUAUCUCUCCCCUUUUUGACCCCUCCUUACAGGGGUGUUGCUGCUACUUGUAUGGUUUCAACAGACCGUUUUUACAUCAGCGUUAUUCAUGGACUGUAAUAAGCCCUUUUGAUCUCAAAAACUGCAUCACCGUUCAAAGUGUCUCACGUGAAAGCUUUAUGGAGACGCUGCUGUCUGGAAACUGGGAACACUCUGUGACUGCAGAGGACCAUCAGACAAACUGACUGAGAUGGAGACAUAUGUGCUUGUUCAUACGGUUAUUUAAUGGAGCUUUGGUACAACGAUGUGUAUCUGUGGUUCCAAAUGUAGAUUGAUUUUACAGCAUUGCAGUGCUUUGCAAAAGUAUUUACAUCCAUUGAACUUUUUUAUUUUUGCAUUUUGUCGCUUUACAACCAUAAACUUUGAUGUAUUUUACAGAGAUUUGAUGUACUAGACCAACAUAAACUGGUGCAAAUUGUGAAAUGAAAAGAAAAUCUAUAGUUUUAUCUUUUUUCUACAAAUAAAAAUUUGAAUAGUGUGACUUGCAUUCAACCCCCUUUAAUCUAAUAUGUGUGACAUCAAUCACACAUACUAGACAUCAGUCACGUAUUAGUGACUGAUGUGACACUUAAGUCUCCAGUUGUUCCUUUGUCCAUAAGCAACAAUACAUUUCUUUGGACAACAAUAUCUUGUACAAAGCAAUGUACUGCUUUCAGAUGUCACCUGAUUUGUAAAUAAACUCAACAUUUUCAUAACUUAAUCUGAUUAUAACACAGGAAUAGGUUAUAAAUAAAGUUUGUUAGAGAACAUUAGUGAACAAAGAGCAUUAGGAAAACCAAAGGGCUCAGCAAGAAGUAGUGUUAGGUUAUAAAACAUUAAACCAAGCUUUAAAAAUCACAUGAUGCUCUGUUUAGUUCGCCAUCAUAAAAUUAGAAAAGUACAGCACCACUGUAAAUCUACCAAGAUAAGGGUGUCCAUGUUAACUGAUAGGCCAGAAAAGGAGAACAUAAAUCUAAGACGCAGUCAAGAGGACCAAGGCAACUCUAAAAAUCUAUCCUUAAUGGAGGAGUGUCAAGAAGAAAGCAAUUGCUGAAACAAAGAAAUGAGAACACAUCUGUGGUAAAAGGUGCUCUGGUUCAAUGUGACCAAAAUUAAACGUUUUUAGCAUAUUACCUUUUACUUCACAACUAUUCACCACUUGUUGGGCUGUCCCUUAAAAUCCAAAUUAAAUAUCUGGACGUUUGUGCUUGUGACUCGGCAAAAUGAAAAAAAAAAAAAAAGUUCAAAGUGCGAGAAUACUUCUGAAAGACACUGUGUGUAGAACAGUUUAUUAUUAUUGUUGUACUUGUUGUGUAGAUCUAUCUGGUGGAAAUUUUGUAAAGAACAAAAAUAUGAGUAUUAGCUCUUGCCAACUUCAUACUGACACAUGUAGGGAAAGCUGAGUGCCGUGUCCAAAACUGAAAUAUGUACGUCUGGGAUGAAAGCAAAGUUUAUCCAAAGAAGUGCUAAAUCUUCCGGAGCACUAUUUUUUUUUUCUCCCCUCCUUUUGUGUAAAUAGAUUCUGUGCUCCAAAUAAAGCUCAUCAAACAGAACACAAAAAAAAAACUGUAUGUAAAAUAAAGCUGUAAUGGUUUCUAUUUGUGCGUGUUGUUUGUCCAGCUCCAUAAACCCUGAUUAGUUCUUAGGUGAUUAGCAACAAUGCUAAUCAGCUAAGAACUGCUGGGACAGUCCAGAGUUAGCUUGAGAAACAAACAUGCUUCUGUGUUAUCUAGUGGUGUCAUAAAGUGCUUGAUAGCCUACCACAUUUAAUAAUCAACUAGUGUAAAUUCCUAGAAAAAAAUUAUGAUUAGUCAUUGUACAUUUCAACAGCUUUCAAUAUUAAAUGUUAAAUAUGUAAAUUGUUGAUUCAUAAAACUGUGGCUCCUAAAGCUGUUCAGCUUCUGAUUUGUGACCAUGGCUUCUGGUUGAGAAUUUGUUUCCACUAUGGUCAAUUAAGCAGGAGUGAAAUAAUAUAAACAUGUGAUACAUUUGUCAGAUCUUUUUUUUUUUUUUUUAGGUAUUUUUAGUAUUUGUCUUCAUGUGUUCAAUGCAGAUGUGAUUUAUAAUUAUUUAACUGAAUUUCCAAAGAACUCUAGAUCAUAAACUUGCUGAUUUGGGAUCCCAGUUUUAGCUGCCACCCUCAGUGCUGGAUUUAAAAGAAUAUGAGCCCUGGGCUAGAGCCAGUUUUACCUCAUCUCUACCAGUCUAUGUAUGCAACAGAUUGAAAGGUACACAUCGACUUAGUGGUUUUCAUGCCUUUUAUAGCAGUAUACUUUCUUAUGAAUUCAUCUUUGUUUUUGUACUUUCUUAAAAUGUCUUCGUACUCUGGCAUGCUGCUGGGCAUAGCAGUGAUCCCAUAAAAGCAGGCUAUUAGAUGUGUUCUGACUUUGCGAUGUUUUCUCCUUUUCUUCUGUUAAUACUAUGAAAAAAAAAGAAAAAAAAGACAACCCAAACAAAACUUAAUUGUCAAUAGAAUUAUUUCUAGAACCUAUAAAAAUAACAAAUGCAAAAUGUUACACUAACCACCCCAGGCCUGUGUGUGGUGACAAUGCACAGACACUGACACAGUUUGGGUGUCAGAUAUCAUUCUCAAAUAAUUUAAAAUGUUUCAGAUUAUAUACAUAAAAAUCUCAGUGAUUUGGGCUUUUUAACCUUGUAUUAUACUUCUUUAGCAACACAUUAGUUCUAUGAAUACAACAUGUAUUUUUUGAUCCCCAGGUUUCUGCCCUUGGAAAGCCCUUGCUAAAGUCCGGCCCUGCGCAAAGAAACCUGACCAGACAUCCUGAUCAGUGACCUUUUCACCCUUUUAAACCCUUAUUAUGCAAGAAAGGUAAGAGAAAGGAAGCAUUUUAAAGCUAGUCUGUUUAUUGGUGGAGUGAAUAUUUUGCUCUUCAGUAAUAACAACCGUUUUUUUUGCAUCAGUAGACAUAUGACAGCGUUCCCUCCUUGUUCACAGCAGAAAAGUCUAUGCAAAUACAUACUGCAUUUAAAUUUGCAAAACUAAAAACGAAUCACAGUACGGUAGAGAAUGGGCACGAAUUAUACACACAGAAGAAAGCUGUGGUUGGUAAAGAGGAAUAAAAGUCAAA